UCGACGUUCUUCAAGUUCAAGGCGGAAUAACGUUAACGCACGAGACCAUGGCGCUUACAUAAUAAUUGCGCCCGCUGACUCUCCGGCUCAAGUUCGCCUUCGGGUUUGACGACUUCAAACCAACUUCAUCCGAACAGACUCACGGGCAUCUCUCCUCGCCUGUGAAACAACCAAAGCCUCAGGAUGCUCGCAUCCUCAGUCUUCCGUGUGGCACGGUCGCCAGCCGUGCCUUUUCCUGCUGUCACACCCGCUAUCACAUCGACAUCGAACGGACUGCUUGCUACCGCGACCCGGCGUCAAGCGCAGCGCCGAUACUCGUCCUCGAAGCCUCCGGUGCCCCCCAGUGAUGGUUCGAGCCGGAUUGAUACCUCUCAGACUCCGGCUAAGGGAGUGAGUCCAUCUGGACAGAAGCGUGAAGGCAAAUCUUCCAGGCGGAAGGGCAGAGAUAACAGCCGACAUGGCUCUGCCAAGUCCAGCGAAAACACUGCUUUCCUGAACCUCCCCAGCGUUCCCUCGACGCAGCAUCGCCAGCCUCAUGACGUUCACAUAGCCUCAUUCUUCUCCAUCCACCGGCCUAUUUCCGUCACCACGACCGUUCCUCCAACCUCGAAUGCCGAAGCUUUCGAUGCCAUAUUCUCCAAGAAGGCGUCAAGAGCCGGUCCCGAUGAUGUUAUCCACACCAUUUCAUCCGCCGUGAAUUCGAUGGAGAACGUCAUGCAUGGCCAGCAGUUCGGUGCGUCAGAGCAGGAUGAGCUCCGACAUGCUCUCGGCCAAGCUUCCGCCAACAAUGCGGAAUCCGAGGUCAUCCAUCUCGAUGGUAUUCCUAUGCACGAGCUGAGGAUUUCCGUCGAAGAGAUGACCAGACGGCUACGCCCAUUCCACCCUCCUCCUCCCCCGGUUCCAUUGGACGAGAUGAACACGGCCGAUCUGAACCAGGCUGAGGAGCCCUCCAGGUCUCAGACCUACUCGACGGUCCUGACGAUCCGUGAGUCCACAGACGCCGAUGGACAGAGGACGUACGAGGCUCACACGACGCCUUUUGUUCAGACCGAGAUGGAAGCUCCCGGUGUGUUUGAUGGCGAGGCUGCCAUUGAAGAGCCCAACGGCUCUCGCAGCACCUACAUGGAGCGCAUACGUAACCCCCGGACCAUGCACGCCAUCAGCGUCAAGAGACAGCGCAAGCUGAAGAUGAAGAAGCACAAGUACAAGAAGCUGAUGCGCAAGACGAGAACGCUGAGACGCAAGCUGGACAAGGCUUAGAAUUCCUUUCCCGUCUACGCUUUCUCUCAUCGGUCUCUGCGCUUCUUUUCUCUUUUUCCUGUCUUGUGAUUUGUCUAUGGGAUUCCUGCAUUUCUCAUCCCCCCAGCGUUAUUCAACGACUUCGGGGCCAUGCAUCAGACCCUACCUAUCUUUAUCUUAGUCCACGUCUCGCAUAGCCCUCAUCCGCUCAUGCUCGCUUUGUCUCAGUCAUCAUAUUUCUCUCAUCUUCCCCCUCUCUUCCUAUCCGAUCUUCUAGUCGUCGAAUAUAAAUCGUAUUUUCAUACUUAUAUAUACACAGUAAGAUUACAUUUCCAAUGAUCCGCUUUCCAUAACCUCAUGUAGAGUAUCGGACUUUCGUUUCAGUUGUUUCCUUGCUGUUUUGUUUAAUUAUCUCAAUCAUUGAAUGGCAUUCAUAGCUAUCUCAAUCACCAAGCCGGUAGAUCUCUGU